AGGUAAGGGUUGUUUCUGGAAAGUAACAGAACAAGGUUGUAUAUUUCUGCUUGUUUAAAUCCGUCCAUCUUACUGUGUGAUUGUCAAUCAGUUUAACUUAUAUGUAUAUUUCCUUCUCUGUGGUUUUGUGUUUUUGGUUAAAAUACCCCUAUGCAUUGUUCCAUUUCUGAUCCUGAAAGCAAUGUUAGGCACAAAAGAUUAGAGUGACGUCACGCGCACCGACUCGCUUCGCUUGACAGAAGACGACCGCCAUUACAUUGAUUCUUAGCAAAGUGUGAGCUAGUGUCAUGCUUUGAAAAAUAUCUCGCUGACUCCUCCGUGGAAUGUAUGCAGUAAAUUAUAUUGAAUGACUUAAUAAUACAAAAGGGGAGCCAUGGAAGAUAAGAAGUUGCCGGGUCUUCAGGAAAAGCUGAUAACCAGAAGCAAAGCCAAGAUAUCAGUUGGGCACAGAAAGAUUGUCAACUACCUAGAAAAAAUCAGCAAAGACGAAUCCGGGGCUCCUGUGAAAUGGAAGUUUAGUAAGAAAGGAGUCAAGUAUGCUCAAGGUAUCAGUAAACGUAUUACAAGUACAAAAACAGAUAAGAAGGUCAAACGUCUUCAAGGUCACCCACUAAAGAUGGAAGGCCCAAUCUCUAAAACUGACGGAAAAAAAUCUGAUAAACUAACAUUAGUGAGAAAAAAACCAGGUAGAAAAAAGAAAAAUGUUGAGGUUGCUGCAGAAAAGGAACGGAAAAUAGCAUUAAAUGAUGGCGGUGGUGAUAAUGCAUUACAAACUGACAAUUUGAUAAUCAGCAUCAGAAGAAUAGACCCAGAAUCGUCUACAUCUGGAGCCAUGGAACGUAUCGUAACCAUACAAAAUCCGAUUGAGAACAUCUAUACUCCAGAAAAACCUAGUCAAAAGGAGACGAAAGAGGAAUCGCUCCCACAUACUGCUCCCAAACGAAAGCGUGGAAAAUCAGUGGAGCUUCACAAAUCAAUCCAAGAAAAUGUCGAAACUAGGAAGUUAAAACAAUCCAAAAACCAAGGGAAUGAACCAGAAUUGACGAAAAUGGAAUCUAUCAAAUCUGAGACACUUCAAAAUCUAGAAGAGGUUGUUGCUGCCAAACGAGGACGUCCGCGCAGAAAAACACCAGAGACAGCAGGAAAAAUGAAGAAGGAAGAUUUGGAAGAGAGUACCUCUAGAGAGCAAUCAGUAUCCAGGUUUGAUUCAGACAUAGAAAGUAUUGACUCAAACAUAAGUGGGUCGUCUUCAAAACCAAAAGUAAAAAUACGAAAAACCUACCAAGGUAUAAGAUUGGGACCAAGGAAACUGCUGCGUAGUCAAGACAGUUUAGUGACACGAAGGAAAAAAGUAACACUUUCAUCAGUUGCAGCAUCAAAACUGAAAAGAAAACGUACCUUGAGUAGUGAUUUCGAACUUCUUGACGAAGUGUCACUAAAGCGAAAAAUACGCGAGGAAGAAAUGGAAGAUGUUAGUCGUGAGUCAUCAAUAGAUAGGGAUGAAAACCGACUUAAAACUCAGAGGAAAGAUGAGAAAUGUAAUUUAUCAAAGCCAAAAGAUACUGCAGAAGUCAGAAAGAGUGAAACUAGUAAACGGAUUUCGACAGACAAAUCAAAUAAUUCAUAUUCAAAACCUAAAGUUACCGCUGUCUCGCCACAUGACAAUAAAUGUCUUGAAAAUAAAGCAAUUGAUACAGGAGAAUCCUUACCAAAAAGCAAAAAACGCGGACGAGCAUCUAAAGACCCCAGUGUUUUAAAAGAAGCUUCUGAAUUACUUUCAAAUGCAAAUUUUGAACCUUCUGGUGUGAAAUCCCCUAAGAAAAAACAAGUAUUUCACGAGAACACUAUUCCUAAGUUGUCGAAAAUUAAGCCCAAAAAUUAUCCCAAAAAGUUGGGAAGUCGAGACAAAAAGAGUUCUAAUAUAAUAGAAAUUUCAAAUGAAGGAAACACUACACCCUCUACAAACAUUCGUAGUGUCUUCACCUUUGGCACAUUGAAAAUAAUUGGUCCGGGUGGGGUUAAGCUGAAAGGCAAUUCCCCCUUGAAACAAGUUUACGACACACCAACAGAAAGUAAGACGAAGACAUUUACAAGUUCUAGUGCUGAAACAGGAAACAACGAUAGCAGUCAAAUUGAAAAAUAUAAAGAGGACUCUUAUCCAGAGAGUAAUACUCCAGACAAAGGUCAAGAUGACUUCACUGCCACAGAUGAAAACAUUUCCGAAGAAUGUAGAAAAGAUGACAAAAAUCAAGAAAUAGAGAAAGUCGACAUAAAGUCAGAGACGAGGGAAAAUUCUGAAGAUGGACAAGUUGAAACGUUGAAUGUAAAUAUAGAGUCCUCUCGCACACGAUCUGAAAAAGAAAGUGAAAAUCAGUCUGAAAUGUUGAAACCAACAGAACAAAACUCGAAAGAGAUAACAAAGGGAAAUUGUAGCUCAUGUGAAGAAGAAAUGACUGUAUCACAGCCUGAAAUACCAAAUGUUGAUCAAAACUCAACUGAUGAUGUUGGGGAGGUUACACAGGAGCCUUUCAAUGUGAAUCCUGAUUACCAGAAGCAAGAGAAUUUGGACAUUGUAAGUGCUACAAAAAAUGCCAUUGCUCCAAGCGUGAUACAAGAAGAAGUUGAGAGUACUGCAAAUAUUGAAAAUGAUUCGAAUUAUUCCCUGUUAUCCAAAGUGUCAAGUCAAGGUACAUUAGAGAGUAGAAAAAUACAAGAAACUAAACAGCAAGGUUUAGAUAAAGAUGAUGCUCCGAACAGCAAUCAAAAUGAAGGCGUUCAGAAAACAAGCGUUGAAAAGUCAGUUAGCAUGGAUGAGAACGAAGCUGAUAUCAAAUGUGUGACAAUUGCAGAUACUGAAGAAAUUUCAUCGAUUUCAGAAAACUUAGACAGUGCAUAUCAAUUGUCUAGCGGUAUACACAUGAAAGCUAUGGUGGUGAAUUCCACAGAAGUUAAUGCAAGCCACAUAAAACCGUAUACGGACGAAGUCACUGAUGGAAGUGAUGAUGUUAUUCCAAUUGAUACGGAUCAGCCAACUGAUGGAACAAUCUUUGAUACAGAAAAAAUUGCCAGUGAUGAUGUAGAAAAAAUGGAAGAUAAAAAUAGUAAGGAAGCUACAAUUGUUUUUGAGGACGAAAUGGAUAAAGUGGAAUUAACAGCAACAAAUGUCCCAACAACAGAAAAAGAAGUCUUCCAAGAAGAGAAAGUAAUAACUGAAGAACAAGAAAAGAUAAGUGAAACGAUGGAUAGAGAAUUAGAAGAAAAACAGACUUCUUUUGACCAAAACGCUAUAUCUAAUGAUGAUAUGAGUACUGAAGUGUCCAGUAAGAAGGGAAACGAGGAUGUCACAACACAGAAUGUAGUAUCUGAAAGUGGAGAAAUGUUGCCAUCACAAAAGAAAUUUUUAGAAUACGAUACAUAUUGUAAUAAAGACGGGGAAGUACUUGCAGAAACAAAAGGUAACAACGAUAUUUCUGACGAUGCAGCACAAAAUUUUGAUAUAUCGUGUGAUCCUGAAAUUCCUGGAUUUUACUUCAGAAAUAUUGAAACGAAAUCGGUAGAUGAAGGAAAUAUUGAAACCAAAUCCAUAGAGGAAAGAAGUAUUGAAACCAAAUCCACUGUGGAUGGAAAUGUUGACCACCCGCAAUCAAAAUCGGAACAAUCGGAUGUUUCAGAAGAAGGUAAUCAAAGUACAAAUGAACCGUUGAUAGAAAAAUCUGAUUCCAGUUUCGAAAAAGAUGAAAACUCGAGUUCAUCAGAGCUAAGUCUAAAUCAGAGUGGAAACUUCACAAACCUCAGAGAUGAACACCUUAAAGCGGGAGAAGAGUCAAGUCCAGAACAUGGAGACCAGUCUUCGAAAAAGAAAGGAAAAAAUGUAUCGCCAACACAAAGAGUAUUCCAGCUUCGUCAGAAAGCAUCGCGGUCACCUCUUGAAAUUAUUGCAAUGAGACAGAGUAAAGAGGAGAGAGAAUAUUUGCUAGAACAAUCACAAAAAGCUUUUAAGAGAGUAGAGAAACAAAGAAAAAUGAAAACAAAACAGCAGAGAUUAGAAAAUAGUAUAGAACAAGGAACGGUAAACCCCGAGUUGAAAGAUUCGACGGAUACGAUUGAUAAAUUAUCCUCCAGCAUUGUCACUGAUGUACCCUGCAGUGAACCGUCUUUGAAUUCUGAUGCAGACAAAUUAGAAAGUAUGCUAGAGUUGGAACAACAAUGCAAACCAUGUAAAGUUAUUCUAAUCGACUUCAUGAAAUAUCUUAAUGUGACAGAAAAGACCGAAAUGGACACCGAUGAUCUUGUCAGUGGAAAAAGUCAAGAACUAACUGAUUCAGAAAAUCAAAACUUGGACCCAUUGGAAGAAGAAAAGGAGGAGAAAAAUGACGGUGCUAUAGAGAAAGUUCAAGAAAUGACACUGCCCGAGAUGCCGACUGAAACUAAGAAAAAGCGACGACCAUCAGCAAGGAAACAAGCGACCGGAUAUCACUUUAACAGAAAGUUGACUGCUGAAAUAGUUCGAUAUCCAGAGUAUGAAAAGGCAAAUCAGUCAGAUUCUGUGGUCCCACCGCUUAGACUAAAAAUAAAGCAGAAUUUGAUACUUGAACCCAAAAAGAAACUUAAAGCAGGAAGACCAACAAAGAGGAAAGCAAGAAAAAGCAUGAGUCCCAAAAAGAAACCGAAUAUCUCAAGCGAAAUUUCAAAUUGUAUUCCAGCAGGUCCAACAUUGCUCGAGGAAGAGGAUGAAAAGAUGGAUUAUCCACGUGUUUCAAGUCCUCAUAGCAGCGAGGAGAACGAUUUGGACAUGUGCGAGUGUAUAUAUAAUCUAUGUGGGUUUCAAUCCAGUCGCAAAAACAUGGAAAAACACAUAUAUCUUCAUUUAAAGAGCACUAACAUGACAUGUCUCAGAUGCAACAGAAUAUUCAAGAACAGCAGUACUGCCUAUGCCCACUCAGGAAAAGAACAUCCAAGUGAAGAAGUACUGAUAGAACCAUCUAGCCAGUGUGAUGUAAAACAGUUUUACAGAGUAUUAAAAUCUCCUUCCACAGUUCCUUCUACUCCUCCUCAACAAAUCAUUCCACAGGUCGAACAGUCUCCAGAAGCUGUCAUAAUAAAAGUUGUGCUCCCAGGAAAUAGACAUGGAAAGGGAUGUUACUGUUGUAGCUAUUGUGACUUUUCAUCGUCCUUCCAGCAAGAUAUUCUUGAUCAUAUUAACGAAAACCAUCGUUCGGACAUCCAGUUUACUUGUUCGUUGUGUGAUAAACGAUUUUUUGGAAAUAAGGACGGUAUCGCUGAUCAUUUUAAAACUGAACACCCUAAUGAUCCGAUUGUGUACACGUCCAUGCCUGACUUUUAUGAUGCAAGUAAAGGUGUUGAGCACAGCCAUUCCAUAAGUUCUAAUGAUAAAGGAAAUAUAUUUGAAAAGUUUUCCGACAUGUUUCCUCGAGAGAAGUCAAAUACAGAAAGAUCACAGAAAACAAGUAGGACGCAUUGCCUCGAGAAAACAUCAGCAGAGGCCGAUAGCACAACGGCAGAACAUGACGAUGUCCACAAAGAAUCUGAUAAAAUGUCAAAAAGAACUGAGAAAACGGCAACACAGAUUCAAGAACCUGAAACGGAACCAGAAGAAGAUGGUAUUGAAGCGCUUGCCAAAGAAUAUGGACAAAAGACUACUGGUGAGGAGGUUGUCAUUGAAAGUCAACGUUCAGGAGAAAAAAGUGGGUGUCCAGAUAGUGAAGAAUCCAAUGAUAUGGGUUUGAAGAUUGUCGAUGUAGUGAGCUUACGAGAUCAAACAGAUAUAGAUUGGUCAAGUCCUAACCAAUCAUUACCUCAGUCACAGCCAGUGGUAGCAGGCAUUCCUUACGGUCAGGUUCAAAAUGCUAAUCAUCCGAGUCUCUCUCAAAGUAAUGUGAGUAUAGUAUCAGCGCUGACUUCACCUCGGCAGUAUCCUAACCUGUAUUCAUCAAACAUUCCUCCCAGGGCAGUUUCAAGUCCUCAGCUAGGUCUACCUCAAAGAAAUGUGCCGCCGCCUCCACCGCCGCCGCCGUCGUCACACCAACCAAGGAAAAAGAAUGAUGGAAAGACAUGCACAACUUAUAAGUGUGAAAAAUGCAAUGUUCAUGCGCCAGUCUUGGCUACAAUGGUAGAGCAUUUGCGUUUGAGUCAUAAGGACAUUGAAAAACUUUUCUUGUGCCCUUAUUGUAGACAGUAUGAAGGGGCAACAGAACCAGAUAUACACCGACACAUUAAACAAUUCCAUCAUCAAACCAUGCAACAAAAAAGUCCCCCGGUAGCAUUAUCAAGUGCUGCCAAGCAACACCUUCGAACUAUACAGGUUGCACUGGGAGACAACCAUUCUUCAAAUGAGAAGGUAGUUAUGGAAAAGGAUAUUUACAAGUGUUUGAAAUGUAAUGGACACAUGCCGUCAUUAGAUUUCAUUUAUUCGCAUCUUGAAAAACAACACAAUGAAUUUUUUGUCAAUGCAUGUCCUGAGUGCAAACGUUAUAGACAUAAGGAUGAACAGGUUGUGUUUCAGCAUAUUAGAGAUGUGCAUGGCAAGAGUACUGAAAAUGUAACUUUAUCUGUGGCCAUAGAGGAAAAUCUUUUCACAAGGGUACAGUGCUUGACCAAAGGGAAAGUAGUACCUUCGAAAUCUCAAACAGUGACAUCCAACAUAACUGUACCGAGCGUUCAAAUUUCAAGGACAGCUACAUCUCCUCCUCAAGAACGUGUCGUUUUUACGAAUCAUCCCCUUCACCAUCCAUUGGUAAGACCCAACAUUCCUCUUGGUGUACAAAUCAGACCAUCAUUCCAUACUCCAGCAUCAACUGCUUCCCCUCUUACACCACAACAAACUCCAUUCCCGAGCAAGUCAUCUUUGCGCAAAUCAAGACCAAUGCAUAGGGAUGCGACACGCCCCUUUACACCAAGAAGUGAUGCGGAGGUUGCUGAAUCUUCAGUGGAAGAAAAUGUAAACGUACCUCCUCCGUUGAUGAGAGCACCACCUCCUCUCAUUAGAUUCCAGCAAACACAAUUUGGGAAAGCCAUAAACUCACCUCAAGAAGUCCCUUCUUCACACAAUGACUCUGCCGUUCGCGGCACAUCCUUUGGUAUGACAGACAGGUUACAAAGAUUACAUAGUCCCAAUUCGAGUAGAAUAAGUUCCCCGGUACUGUCAACAGCAGAUCCCCUACCUGUCGUCAGUCGUCCUGUUUUAAAAGUUCCAAAUAUACGUCCUAGCUUAUCUUCACUGCCGACUACUCAGCCACCACCAUACUCAGUGGCUAUUGUUUCUCGUGGGAAUACUGGAAAUGUGCUGGAUUUGUCCCGUCAAAUAUCCCCCCAUCAUGAAAGGCCAGCAAAGAAAACCAAUUUUGAGAGUGAUGGCAUUUCACCUGAUGCCUUCCAAAUAUUCAACAUUAGACCAGGUGCUCCUCAAAAUGAUCCAAAUAUGAAUAACUAUAACCAAUUUCAAAUUCGACCAAGUAGUGCACCAAAUCCUAGAAUGCUUGUAGGUAUGCAGUCCAGCCCAAGAAUACAAGCGCUAAAUCAGCAGAUGCAGACUGCCAAAGGAAUUGCACCUCAGAGACACUAUGUGCCCAGACAAAGAUUUGCUUCGCCUAAUGUUGUUGUUGGCGAUAAAAACAUGCCGAUUGAAGGUAGAAUAUUUAAAUGUCCAUACUGCCCUCAAAUAAUACCUCUUAAUAUCGGAGAAGUCCCUAGACAUAUUGAGCAAAAGCAUCCAGGUUGCUCCAUUGUUUUUCAUAGAAUAUGAUGUGCAAGAAAAUUAUGAGAAAGUGAACUGUAUAAAUACAUGUUAAGCGUGGUACAUUUAGAUGUUAGCAAUAUGUAUUCAACACGUUGACUGUUUCUUAUAUAAAUGCCAGUCCUUUCCUGUGCGGAAAGAUUGUUUCUACUUAGAUCAUCAAAUUAUCGCUCAAGAUAUCCGUGAUCGUAGAUACGGUUAAACUACAGUACUUUGUACAUUGUUUGCAGAGAUAUACACAAAUUCUAAGAAAUUAAUUUGUCAUGUUAUUGCUUUCAUUGAGUAUGAAAGAGGUUGUUUAUUAAUUGUAUAUGUAUUGUAUAUUUUUCAUUAGGUGUUUUGUUUCAUUUUGAUAGAGUCGGUAGUUCAAGUAUUGGUUUCAAGAUUUUGUGUGUUAGAUUAACUGAAUGUAUCUUUUAGAAUGUCAAACUAUUUUUAUAUUGAUCUCGUUUAAUGCAUGUGUUCAUUGCAAAACUUAAUAGAAUAUGACUAUUGUCUGUAGAACAUUGAAAGCCGCCGAUUUGCCGACCUGUAGAAUUAGAUUUUAUAAUGGACUUGUCUGUUCGUCUAGUCGGUAGCUCUAUAUUUCAAUAGUCAAAGUAAUUUCUAAAUCACUUUUAUUUCACGUUUGAUGGGAAUUCAACAAUUUGGUUAACAUUAUUACUAUUUCAGUGUAACUUUAACAUUAUUAAAGGUGAAAACUUUUAACAUGCCUCAACUAUGGGAAUAUCAUUCCCUUCUACUACGAACAUUAUGUAUUCAAAGAAGAAUCAAGUAGACUCAAGCAUAGUACGUGUUGAACAUUUCAUGGGCAUUAUUUAUUUCAACUUCAUACAUCCUUAGCAACACUGAUAUAAUUUGUACAUACUGUCAUGUGAUAUCCUUUAAAGAAGGGACAUUUUUCAGAAUAAAUUGUUUAACAAUC